AUGGAAGACGUACCCGACGCCGAUUUCAGGGGCGGCCGCGCCCCUCGGUGUGGCUAUGUUGUUCAAAGCAAGCGGAGGCCGCUCUCCGCGGGUCGCUCGUCCGGCGUCUCUGUUUUGGCUAUCGAGUGCAAAGUUUCGCAAGGCGACGCCGCUCUCGGCGCUGGGCUCCCCUCUGCCCGCCUCGAGAUCAACUUCCUGUUCGCCGCCGUCCUCAUCGUUUGCGCUGAAGAUCGGCGGAGACCGUUCGCGGUCUGGCGGGAAGAAGUGAAGCAGGAGGUGCUCCGCGCAGGAAAGGCAAGAGGUCCCGACUGCGAGCACGCCAGCCACGACAGCUGCGAAGAGAGUGCAGAGGAAGUGAAACACCUUGGACGGCGAGCGAGGGGGGGACGAAGCGGGACGCGCGACUGGGACAACGGGUUUGGGAUAGUGAAAGGCAUGCAUGGUCGCUGA